GGCGUCGAUAUUGUCAUCAUAGAGCAUAUAGCUUCAUUGUCAAAGGUAUGUCGACAUCUCAGCUUUCGUUCUUCAACUGACUCUUUACAUUUUGUUUUCUUCCCUCUCACAACCACAAUUCUUCUACAUCCAUCUUUUCUUAAGACCAGUCUAUCGUUUCUGUCUUGAAUCUCUUCAUCCUGAUCAUUCAGUCUCUUCUUUGAGCUGCUUGUGAUUAUACCAUCCUUUCUAUUGGCAUUCGAUUCAGUCAAGGUCGGGUUUCAAUAUUUACCAUUUCAUAAUGCCCACUCGAGCCGCCACCAAGGCUGCAGAAGCCGCUGCAGCUCUAAAUUAUGCAGCAGCAACUCUUUCAUCGCCACCAACUACACCCACGGAUAGCAAACAAAUCCUCAAGAAUGUCGCCACCGGGUCUCCAACUAAGUCUCGAAAGCGUGCUCCACCGAAGAAGAAGGCAAAGUCAGCGGCGGAGCCAAUGACAGGUGGUUGGGAUGUCCUUCCUCAUGGAAUGGGACAAAAGGGUGAUCUCCUUGAUGCCGAUUUCGGCAAUACCGGCACGGAAGUGACUCCCACCACUCCUAAGAGAGCCACCCGAGCCAGAGCUACCAGGACCACUGUCAAAGCUUCUAUCAAAGAUGAAGAUGAGGAGAAGCCACUUAAUCUUGGCGAUUCGGGUAUUCCUGAUCUUCUUGGAGAUAUCAAGGAAGAAGAGCCCAAGAAAAAGAGAUUGCCACGCAAGAAGAAGGUUGUCGACGUAUCCACCGAGGCUAAUAGCUCCCAAGCUAAGCCUGUCAAGACAAAGAAGAAGAACUAUGGUAUCGUAUUUGGUGAAACACCUUUCCCUGAUCACAUCUCGCCCACUGCUCAAGAGGCCGAGACGGUCAACAGCUUGUUGACUGCUCUGCAUGGUGAAGUCAAGCCACCAGGUACAGUUCCAGCUCCCUCCGAGACUGUAACUGGAUGUGGAGAGGUUCCGGAUGUUCUCGACGCGACUAUGAGAACCCUUCUCAGCGCUGCUACCACCGCUGGCAACGCCAACAAAUCAAUGGCAGGUCUGAAGGCGGAGUAUGGAUUAAGAACGUCUGGCAAGGGUGCAGGCAGCGUUUCAUGGGAGGCCGUACUUGCUUCAUCAAAGGAAGAUGUUGAGGAGGCUAUCAGGUCGGGCGGUCUUGCUAAGGUCAAGGCAGGUUAUAUCAAGGCAAUUCUACAAGUGGUUUUCGAUAAAAAUACCGACCUUCUAGAGGCUUUGCUAAAAGGGGUUGAAACCGAUGUUCCAGUUCCAUUUGUCGGAAAGGUUCUGGAGACUAAAGAGCAAAAGGAAGCUGAAAUCAAGAGCUUGCGAGAGAACAUGCUCUCACUUGACUAUGUCCACACAUUGGAUAAACCAGCAGCCAUGCGGGUACUGAUGGAUUUGCCAGGUAUUGGGGUCAAAACUGCAGCAUGUGUUGCUUUGUUCUGCUUGGGAAGACCCAGCUUUGCCGUCGACACGCAUGUCUGGCGUCAUUGUAUGUGGCUUGGCUGGGUUCCAGAGAAAGCAAGCCGCGAUCAAACCUUCAGCCACUGCGAAGUUCGAAUUCCUGAUCACUUGAAAUAUUCCCUCCAUCAAUUAUUCCUCCGACAUGGAAAGACAUGUGGUCGCUGUAGAGCUGCAACAUCAGAGGGUUCUGCGGAUUGGGAAAGCACUGUCUGUCCAAUUGAGCACUUGGUCAACAGAACUGGAGACAAGAAGCAACCAGGUUUCAGAGCUGGCAAGAAGACGGUCGUCAAGAAAGUUGUAAAGAAGGUUGACAAGGGUUCUAAAAAGAGAAAGAGAAAUUCUGAAGACAGUGACGAGGAAGCAGAGCUUGAAGCUGAUACAGAAAAUGAUAUGGAGUUUGAGGAAGACAAAGAAGAAGAUGAGACUGACAUUGAAGUCGAAGCAAACACUUAAUCUCGCGUCAGUGUCCGACCCGACUUUGAAUAAUUCUCAUCAUUGAAUGAAGGGGGCAUGUAUUCAUGGCACGUACAAUGAAGGAAUCAUUUGCAUACUUUAAGUUAUUUCUUAGCUAUUUGCUAGCAAUUUGGAGUUGGCAUGAGGGCAGCAUAUUCGGCGUUUUCAAUAAGAUACCCAUUUGCUUUUAUUGAUUACAGAUCACUCAUUGAGAUGAUGUACUGGGGAAUAUGGGAGUAUUGGGGUACAUGAGAGGAAUGAGAUAUAUGGGAACACACACUGUAAAGAGGUGCAUUGAUUGCAUUUACAUGGGACAGACGGGGAUACAUUGUAAACAGAGCUUUCAUUCAUUCAUUGCAUUGCAGCAAUAAGUUCUGACAUAACCAUUUAGCACUGCGAACUACUCGUGAUGA